AUGGUUUUAACAAGGAGCGCUGCGAAGAAAGGUCCUGCUCCUCAGAAAUAUUCGAAAGUAGAAGAAAUGCCUAACUCUUUUAUACCAUAAUAAUUUGAUAUUUUUAUGAUUUAAGCAAUUUUUAUUUUAAAUAAUUUUUUUUGUUCAUAAAAUUUUUAUCUAAUCAGCCAGAUUUUUUAUUAUUCAUACCGAUGGAGAAAGGAAAAGGUAAAGCUAAAGCUGGAGAACCUACAAAAAUAAAAGCAAUCAAAAAAGCAAAAGACGAAGAUUCCUCGUCAUCUUAUGAAAGUGAGCCAGAAAAAUCUCCAGAAUCCAGCUCAAGUGAAGAAAUAUAUAAAUCUAAAGCUAAAAAACCAAUACCCAAGAAAAAAAUUAUUAAAAGUAAAAAAGAGAAAUCUCCUCCAGUUUCUGAAGAAUCAUCUCCAGAUUUAUCAGCUCCAAAAACAAAGCUUAAUAAAAAAUCAGAAAAGCCUGUAACCAAAAAACCGAAAAAACAAAUCUCAGACUCUUCAAGCUCUUAUGAAUCAUCUUCUGGAUCUCCAAUUCCUAAAAAGAAAAAUUCAAAAAAUAUUAUCCCCGCCAAAAGGGCGAUAAAAACAAAGCAAAAGCCAAAAGAAAAAUCUCCAUCCCCAGAACUUGAUCAAAAACCUAUAAAAAGAUCAGAUAGCCCUCCUCCAUUACCUCCCAAGCCUGAGCCAAACAAAAAAAAAUCGCCUAGUCCUUCUACAGAAUUACCUAAAAAGCCUGAGCCAUCUAAAAAGAAAUCACCUAGCCCAGAGCCACCUAAAAUACAAGAAGCCCCAAAAGAAGAAAAAAUUGUUACGACUAUUCGUAAGGGCAGAGCCGCUGUUGACAGUUUUUUUCCAAAAGCCAAAGAUUGCCAUGUUUACGAUGACGGCACUAAAGUAUGGUCCUCUACCUUAAACCAAACAGACUUAAAAACCAAUGCAAAUAAAUUUUAUAUUAUCCAGUUAUUACAGUCAGAUUCAGAUGCCAAACAGUUUUAUGUUUGAAAUAGAUGAGGAAGAGUAGGGUAUGAUGGACAAAAUGCUUAUAAAGGACCAUGAAGUGAGCUAGAUAGGGCUAAGGCAGAGUAUCAGAAAAAACUGACUGAUAAAACAAGAGGAGGCUACGUAGAACUUGAAAUUAUGUAUAAUGAUGAAGAGGAAAAAACCGAAAAAGCUGAAGAAAAAAUAGUAAAAAAAGAAGAAAAAGAAGAAAAAGAAGUAGAAAGCAAGCUUGAUCGAAGGAUUCAAGAUUUAAUCAAAUUAAUCUUUGAUUUAAACGCAAUGAAACAAGUCCUUGCUGAAAUAGGAUAUGAUGCCAAAAAAAUGCCAUUAGGCAAGCUAUCGACAAAUAACUUGAAACAAGGCCUUGAAAUACUGAAACAAAUUGAGUCUGUUUUAGAUGGGAGAGAAAACAGCAGUCUUGAAGGACUUUCAAGCAAAUUUUAUUCUUUAAUCCCUCAUGAUUUUGGCUUUACCAAUGUUUGUAACUUUAUUAUAAACUCCAGACAACGCUUACAAGAAAAAAUCACAAUGAUCGAGUCUUUAACUGACAUGAAAAUUGCUACAAAUAUAAUUGAAUCAAAAGCAGUAGGGUCUCCUAUUGACCAGCACUACUUAAGAUUGAAUUGCGAUAUAACACCUAUUGAGAAAAACGACCCUACAUUUGCAAUAUUGAGCGAGUAUGUUUCAAAUACUCAUGCAAAAACUCAUAAUUCUUAUGGUUUAACUAUUUUAGAAAUAUUUAGACUGCAUAAAGCAGAGGAGGAUGAGAGAUUUACUAAUUCGUACAUUAUGGUAACAGGAAGGGCUUUUGCUGGUCGCGAUAUUUUAUUUAUAUUUAAAAUUUUGAAGCAAUUUUAAAGAAAUGGGUAUGCUAAUAAAUAGGUAUUGGUUGUAUAUCACAAAUUUCUUUAUCAAAAUAUUGCUAAUAAUUAAAAACAAAAGAUAUAUGCCUUAUUUUUGAAAAGGGGAGUAAGUUAGUUUAAGGUAUUUGGCCAUAAGCGACUAAGCCCACUAGCCGUUGCCUACCUUGGCUUCAAAAUCGUCUUUUGGAUUUUCAUCCUAUGCCACCUACUCAAGGGAUUAGCUGCCUAGGGCAGAGCCACUGUCUGUGAGGUGCCCCCCGAUAGUCCUGAGAAGAAGAAACUAUAUGACCUGCAAAGCCUCUCUAACCAUCUGGAGGGACAGGAAAAACUCUGGGACAAAAACAAAAACUUCUUCUUCGGCAAGGCAAAUUUAAGGUCUACUUCAGAAGGGACAGAGGCCCUGCUUUCAGCUUCACCAGUAUGGGUCCUACCUACUCCAUAAGUUAAAUUUCCACCAGCGUCACCAUUUUAUUUCUUCAAAAGGAGUAAGGACAUUGGAAAUAGCAUGCUUCUGUGGCAUGGAAGCAGGCUGACAAACUGGGCAGGAAUUUUAUCACAAGGACUAAGAAUUGCCCCUCCAGAAGCACCAGUAAGUGGUUACAUGUUUGGCAAAGGUGUCUAUUUCGCAGACAUGGUCUCCAAAUCCGCCAAUUAUUGCUUUACAAAUAGAGAAAAUAAUAUUGGAAUAAUGCUGCUAUGUGAAGUAGCAGUAGGAACUCCUUGUAUGAAGAUGACAGCUGAUUGCAAUGCAGCUAACCUUCCUCCUGGAGCACAUAGUACAAAAGGGUGUGGCAGAAAUGCUCCUCCUGCUACGUCUUAUAUUGACUUUGAAGGCUGCAAAGUACCAAUUGGAAACGGAGAAGAAACAGGAUAUAACGGGUCUCUCCUUUACAAUGAAUAUAUCGUCUAUGAUGUGAAACAAGUAAAAAUGAAGUUUCUUUUCAAGAUGAGAUUUGACUAUAAAUUCACUUACAGAACUUUAAUUUGACAAUCUAUAUUUUAAAAAAAAUAAAUAAUUUAGGAUAAAAUUGAUAUUAUGUAUUGCAUAAAUUUCUUAUCAUGCUUAUGUCAUUUUGAAUUUGGUAUGUGAAAACCAAAUAUGCAUUUUCAAAACGCAGAUUUUAGUACGGCAAAUUAAUAAUUUGGAAUUUCAUAUGAAAAUGGCGCGUCCAUAAGAAAUUUUACCAACGGAUUAUAAUAUUAUAAAGAAGAAGUUAG